AUGGCUGAAUUCACUGAGAGGGAGCUGAGUGAUACAAUUUGUUUAUUCGAUGUGGAUAAUACUCUCACGCCUGCUAUGCGGAAUGUUGAAAUUGAAAUGGUGCAGAUCCUUACAAAGCUCAGGGAGAAAUGCGUUAUUGGGUUUUUGGGAGGAUCAAACCUAGUUAAAAUCACAAAUCAGCUUGGAGGCUCUUUGGAUCUCAUCCUCAAUUCAUUCGAUUACGCUUUCGCAGAGAAUGGCUUGACUGCGUUUAGAUUAGGAUUGCCUAUAGAGACCCAAAGCUUUAUUAAUUUCCUUGGUGAGGAUAGGUACAAGAAGCUUGUCAACUUUUGCCUGCAUUAUAUCGCAGAUAUUGAUUUACCUAUUAAACGUGGUACAUUUAUCGAAUAUCGCACUGGAAUGGUCAAUAUUAGCCCGAUUGGCCGUAACGCGAGCAUCGAAGAAAGAAAUAUAUUCGAAGAUUACGAUAAGAAAUUCGGCAUCAGAAGUAGUUUCGUUGAGAAGCUAAAGGAAGAAUUUUCUGACUGCGGAUUGGUUUUUUCAAUUGGUGGCCAAAUAAGCUUUGACGUCUUCCCCCUGGGGUGGGAUAAGACAUACGCACUGAGGCAUAUAGAAGCAGAUAAUUUCAAGAAUAUACACUUUUUUGGUGACAAGACGUUUGAAGUGAGUGUGAUGAUUGCGCACAGACGAAGCUGA